AUGAAGGUGAUACUUGGGUAUCAGGAAGUCCUUGAGAUCGUGGAGAAAGGGUAUUCACCGCUUGAAGAGGAUGCUACAAAAGAACAAAAGGUGGCAUAUAACGAGAAUAAGAAGAACGACUGCAAGGCCCUAUGUUUAAUUUACCAGAGUGUGGACAAUGCCCAUUUUGAAAAGAUCAUUGGAGCAAAAACCUCAUCGAAGGCAUGGAAGAUCUUGGAGAAAGGAAAUGAAGGCACGAAACAGUUGAAGAAGGUGCGUCUUCAAACGAUAUGCAAACAAUUCAAAUUGAUGCAGAUGGAGGAAAAUGAAAGAGUAGCUGAGUUCUUUAAUCAUGUCUUUACUCUGACCAAUGCAGUUAAGUCCUAUGGUGAGAAGGUCACUGAUCUCACCAUCGUAGAGAAAGUCAUAUGUACCUUGAACCCCAAAUUUGACAACAUUGUGGUGGCCAUAGAAGAAUCAAGAAAUUUAGAGAUCUUGAAAGUAGAAGAACUUGAAGGCUCACUCGAAGCCCAUGAGCAACGAUUUCUUGAGCGCUCAGAUGGGAAGGCACCAGAUCAAGCACUCCAAGCACAAACAUACAAAAAAAAGGAGGAGCUCGUGGCAGAGGAGGAGGACAUAAAGGAAGGGGUUGUGAUAGGGUAG